GACGGAGGUUCCCUAUUGAAGUUCUUUAUCGGAAGCGGAGAGCAGAUCAGCACGUUUGUGUGCAAGGGCCUUCAUUUUAUACUGUUUUUGGGAGCUAGAAAACACACAAGACCAUCAAAAUGUUCCGGACUAUGAUUAGUCAGUCUAAGAAGCACCCCAGUUUGAUCCCUCUGUUCAUUUUCAUUGGCACUGGAGCUGCAGGUGCAGGCUUGUACCUCGCUCGCCUGGCAAUGCGUAACCCUGAUGUCAGCUGGGACCGCAAGAACAACCCUGAGCCCUGGAACAAGAUGAACCCCACUUCCCAGUACAAGUUUUAUGCUGUGAACAUGGAUUACAGCAAACUGAAGAAGAAUGGACCUGACUUUUAAAUAUACCUCUCUUGCCAGACAGCUCACCAAAGCAAAUCCGUACAGAAAUCACGAAGCGACUCGCACAAAGAAUUAGUGUUUAUACUGUAUCUCAAAGGGUAACUUUGUCUGCAAUAAUGAAAUAAAGCUAAUGCCUCUUGUAAAAA